AUGGCCCUGCACGACGGCCUCGUCAACUGGCCGCUCUUCUUCGGCUCGAUCCUCAUCGGCUUCGGGCCGCUCGCCGCGCUCUUCUUCGUCGUCGUCGCCAAGCGCGCGCAGCUCGUGAUCAUCGCGCUCAGUGGCGCGUUCCUGUGGCUCGUGGCCAUCCUCGUGACCGCCACGUGCUGGCAGCUCCUCCCGCCUUUAAAGACGUCGCUCCCGGCCACAAUCGUCGUGGCGGUCGUCGUCCAAGAGGCGUUCCGCCUGCUCUUUUUCUACCUCUACACGCGCACCGAAGCGGCCGUGAAGCGCGUGACGACAGCGGCGCACCAGCUGCCGCUCAACGACGUCACGUCGGCGCUCGCAGGCGGCGUGGGCUUCUCGCUCAUGCACGCGCUGCUCAUGUUCGGCAGCCUCGUUGGCUCGUCCACAGGCGCUCGCGGAGCCGCGUUUUCCCUCUCGUGCGAGAGCGUGCCGCUCGUCCUGUCGGCCGCGUUCUCGACGCUCGCGCUCACGGCGAUGGACGUCACGCUCAUGAUUGUCGCCUUUGAAGGGUACCGGAAGCGGUCUGUACUGGCUAGUGCGACCGUCUUUGUCCUCCACAUGGGCGUCGCCCUGUCGGCGCUGGCGAACAUGGACACGAACGGGUGCUACGUGUCGAUCCCUCUGCACUACGCGGGUGCGGCCUUGGCUUGUGCGUGCGCAACGACGACCGUUUGGCGCUCGAAGAAGCUCGCUGUGGAUGCUAAAUAG